CAAACUAUUUCCAACUUUAUACAGCCUAGACAUGGAGGGAGACCUUAUCAUCUGUAGUGUAGAGCAACUUCGAUUUCUGCUCCCAGCUCUGGUGACUGAUGACCUGCAGACUUUCUCAGCACACACGGAUUAAUCAGAGUGGGUGCAAGCCAUGGGUGAGCAGCAGCUGAACCAGCCAGAAACCAGUGAGGGAGCGGGACUGCUUUAUUUUCAGCAUCACCAAGGACAGUGUGGCCCUUUGCCUGGGAUGGACAACAACCUCUCACAUACGCUUGGGCUGGAGAGUGUCCCAGAGUCCAACUCUCCUGUCUCAUCCUGUUUUGACCCUGACACCAUGGAGGCUGGCAGGCUGGAAAUGAGUGGACACAAAGGAUUGGAGCUGACUGGGAACGCUGGCUGGGACCACUCGGAUAUGAGCACCCAAGUGACUGUGAAACAAGAGCCCAGUGAUCCUAGGUUGGUGAGGGCAGUAAGUGGACAUACGUACGGCCUCCCAUUCGAACAGUGUGACCAACAGUUGCCUAAGCGGGCUGAUGGCAAGUUGGACUCGUUCAAUAAAGUCUUCGCCAACCGAUACUCUCUGGGUCACAGCUCCAGCGCAAGCAGCUACAGUCAGAGUGUCACACUGCGGCAAAUGCUCUCGCAGAAAGCACCAGCAGAACGCUACCCUCAGCCCAGAGUGUCCCAGCACAUGCCGAGCAUGCCCACAAAUCAGCAGGCUAAAGUCUUACUUCCGCAGUCACUGCACUAUAGCUACCCUCAGCUGCGGCGCAUGGCAGGGCAGCAGCAGCAGCACCUUCCCACUGUCAGCCAGCAGAUGGCGCAAGAUAUCCUGCAGCAACCCACCAUCCAAAUGCAGCACCAUCAGCUCCACAAGCCUUCAGGGGAGGCCAAGCAACAGAGUGACAGCCAGCACCAAAUGGGCCCCUACCACCAGGUCCAGCAGUCAAGUCAUCCUCAGUUGCUGCAGGACAUGCCGAUCAGCAGGGAGCCUGUCCAACGCCCUAUCAACCCGCACCACUGUCAGUCAGGAAAGUUCGAGCCAUUCCACCACUCAUUCAAUGCACCUUCUCAAUUCCUGUACGGUGAAAGACAACACUACAGGGUAGAAACGCAGCAGAGAGAGACCCUGACACACCAAAUGUACCAGAAACCCAGUCACAGCUCACCAGUGCAGAGUCCUCAGCAGCUCAACAACUCUCCCUCCAUGCAGUACACAUCGGGCUGUUCAAGGCAGGAGCUGGAAAAUGGCGACCACUCCAUAUGUACAGAGUUCCAGGGACCGCUGAACAUGCCAAUGGCUAAGGAGCUGGGAUCACAGCCAUGCCCACCGGGCAUCUUUUGGCAACAGGUUCAUCAAAUUCCUCAGGCCUGUGCGAGAAUGUCAGACCAAAGGAAAGGCAUGGAAGAAAAGGCAAAUUCCCCAUAUUCUUUCACCUGUGGCUACUGCAAGGAACAAUUCCACAGCCUCUCAGCCCUACACAUUCACACGGGCACUAAUGGAUGUAUGAGGACAUCUCAAAGUGUCAGCCAGAGUGAUGGAGAGAAACUCGUACAGGAUGGAAGCCAGCUCUCCCCUCCCUUCACAGCCACUUCUAUGUCAGUGAAGCCGGACAGAUGCAGGCAAGACGCCUUCCUGGAGCAGAAUCCAGGCUGCUUCCUGCCUGAACAGGACACGGCAAUGCUCACCAGAAUGGCUGACAUCUCAGCACAGAGUUCUGAAACUCACAUUCCCAAGUACCAUCCUAUCACCAUGUAUCAAAGCUAUCUCCGGUCAACAAGCACCAUCAGUGGAGAGCAGCAAAUAUCUUCCUCAGAGCCACCUCAUUACACACCAAUGCCAAUGCUUAAUCCUAACCGCAAGAGCUCGGGUCUGUUUUCCAAUCUCAGCACCACUGAAACCAACACCAGUUCUACACCAGUGUCGUUCACCUGCAGCCAGUUCAAUGGAUUUGAGUUUGUGCAUCAGAAUUGCACAGCAACUGUGAACAACCCAUUUCCCUGCAUAAACAUUGGGCCUGCUUUCCAGGCUACGAUCCCUGACUUCCUGGACACAUCCCCAGGUGAACAGGACGUACAUGAAGCAGAUUUGGUGUGGAAGCCUUGGAAGGAAUUAAUGGAAAAUGAAGAAGUGCAACAGAAGGUGGAGGAUAUAUUGAACAUGGCCUGUUCCAGUGUGCUGCCUGGGGGAGGACUCAACCGGGAAUUCACCCUACAUUGUCUCUCCGAGUUAAAUGGAGACAUCAUGGCUACGCUGGAGAUGCUGCUACUGAACAGUGGGGCCCGUCCACCAUCCCAUCCACUGGGUGAUUACCAUUACACAGGGAGCAGUAACUGGACUCCUAGUGAACGCAGAAUGUUUAAUAAAGCUUUUGGAGUGCACAGGAAAGACUUCCACAUGGUUCAGAAGAUGGUGAAAUCCAAACUUGUUACAGAAUGUGUUGAGUAUUACUACAACUUUAAGAAGAUACUCAAGUUUAACAAGAAACAUCGCCAUCGACCAUCAGACACAGAUGACGAUUGGAACAAUGUCUUCAAACAAGACACUGACUGUGAGCAGCCACUUACCAGUUCUCAAUCAAUACAGCACGGUCACAGAGUGGAGAUAGAAGGUCCUUGCCCCACUGUCAUCGGCAACUUUCCCUGCAAACAAUGUGGCAAGAUGUUUUAUAAAAUCAAGAGUCGAAAUGCCCACAUGAAGAUCCACAGGCAACAGGAUGACUGGCAGCACCGGUCUCAGGAUGCCCUUUACUCUUCAGUCACCUACACAGGGGCAACACUGGGCAAACUGACGACCACUCCUCCUGCCUACCCCAGCUGGGAGAACAGGGAGAUCCAGGAGCAGCUAGAGGCUAUGUCAGAGGCUAUGACCUGUACAAGUCUACCCCCACUGUAUCACCAGGAUGUGAAACUGAACCUUGCCAAAGAAAAGUGCCAAAAUAUUUUUAUAUAACAAACUCAAAGAAAUACAAUUCUUUGUAAUGCACUAACUGUGAAGAUUUCAACCCCGUCUAGGUCUUAAACACUUAUGUGUACAGACUCAGGCCAAGACUUUCGUUUAGCAUCAACAGAAACUAAGCCCCUUUUAGCAAAUCUGCACUUACAGAACGGGGCUAAUGAUUUUCUUCAUUAUUUUCUCAUUGAUGCGCAACAUUGAUAUUUUUAUUCAUGUAGCAUACAUAAAUAUGUAUUUUUAGUUAAUUCUGCAAAUCCCCCCUUCCUGCUGCCACAUCCCCCCCAACCCCCAACCACAUUUUGAAACUGUUGCUGGGAUUUAGAGACUAGUUUCAAUAGCACAUCAUUCAAGCGCCUUGUUUGUCAAAGCAAUGGCCCAAAACUUGCACUUAAAAGUCCCUUUCAUAUGGUAAAAGCAUCCCCCAGACAUCUCGGGGAAUGUAAUCCAAAAGCUUCUGUUCAACUUUGGUUCAUGUCAGGCAAUGAAGGAAGAAAGGGAUUUGAAUCCUAAUGCCUUGCUCAGCACCAACAUAAACUCGUGCCACUUGGGAGCUCGGCGGGGGUGGGGGGGUAUCCUACAAGAGAUUUUCACCAGGGGACUGAGGACAGCUUUGUCUCUCCAAACUGAGCCUCCUUUCUAAUAUAUCCUCACCCUCUCAUGUACAGUCUUGCUGCCCCGAACAUCAAUCCAAGGCUCUUAACCACAAGUUCCCCCGCAACAGGGACACAGUUUCCUCCUGACGGUGCUCUGCCAGAUGAGCUCUCAAUCAGAAAAAGGGUUGGCCAUUCAGAGAACGUAGCAAGCCGACCUCCUCCUGCACACUGGUUUGGGAGCCAAUGGCAUAGUCGAGGUGUGUCUGAUGACCCAACAUUCACAGGCUGAAAUGACAGCAAAGUGAUGGCUCAUACAAAUAAACUUCCAAGAAAGGUCAGUCGUCCAAGGAUGAUAUAAUAAAUUUCCUCCCUAU